AUGGCCCAAGCAUCCGAGCCCCAGGCACCAGCCGCUGCGUCCCAGCAUCGGGAUGAGCCCCCUCGUCUCUGGUGCUUUGAUUUCGAUGGUGUAAUUUGCGACUCGGCCCGAGAGACGGGGGCCACUGGACUCUUGGCGGCUCAGCAGCUCCCCGAUGCCAGCGUCCAAGGGGCUGCGGGAGACCGCAUUAUCGCCGCCUUUGAGCAGGUUCGACCCAUCUUGGAGACGGGCUGGGAAGCCGUGUUGAUGACCCUAGCCUUGCACGAUGGCGUGCCCAUCGACACCUUGUUGACCGACUUCCACCCCCGCAUCAAAGCUGACCUUUUGACGCGCCGGGCCGUCACGGUCGAUCAAGUCAAGGCUGCCUUUCACAACGAGCGUCUUCGCCUGCUCGACCAGAGCCGACGUCAUUGGCUGGACUUGCACAAAUCCUACGACAAGGCAGCCUCGGCUAUGCGUUGCGUCUUAGAACGCACCCAAGCAGCGCCAACUCAGGAGGUGCGAGCAUUUGCUCUCUCUCUCUCUCUCUCUCUCUCUCUCUCUCUCUCUCUCUCUCUCUCUCUCUCUCCCUCUCUCUAUUGCCUUGGUGCACAGCAAGUUUAUGUCAUUACUACCAAGGCUGCUGAGUUUGCUUUGGAACUUUUGCAAGACUUCAACGUGCCGAUUGCUGCCGACAACGUUUAUGGCCUCGGCUCUCCUCCCAAGGUUUGGAGCUUCUAG